AAUAUUUGUUUCUCCCAAACCCUCGCCUAUACAUACUUCCCCUCACCCAUUUUGGGCACAAACUCUCCAUCUCUGCUCAAAACCCUCGCCUAUGUCCCUGCCCUCUCCGGUUUCGCUUAAAACUUUCGCCUUUUUCAACGAACCUUCGCGAUACAGUCGCUAUUAAAGCUUGCUGGGAAGGCAACGACGGGAUCUCUGCUCACAGAGUCUGCCGAACUCCCAUCUUUCUUGUCCUUCCGCUCUGCUCCUAUCAGAAAUCAUCAACGAAGUUGUUUACUUGAAGAGCACAAGAUUGUGAUCCCAAUUUUGUGAGGAUGGCUGCAAUCGUUUCAAUGGCAGAUAUAGAAGCCACGGCACGAGGUUUAGGAAUUGAUUUGUCCGCAGUUAAUUUGGAUUCCAUCACACUUCCCCUUGGAGAAGAUUUUGGGAUCAGAAGUGAUGACGACGAUGAUCUUUAUCAUGAAGAAGCCCUUGAACUGGAAUCUGGGUUUGGGAAUGUGAUUGUGGUUGACAAUCUCCCAGUAGUUCCACCAGAAAAGUUUGAGAAGCUUGAAGGUGUUAUUCGAAAGAUCUAUAGUCAGAUUGGUGUGAUUCGGGAAGGUGGUCUUUGGAUGCCAGUAAAUCCGGAAACGAAGAAAACACUCGGAUACUGCUUCAUUGAAUACAAUACCACUCAGGAAGCAGAACUUGCAAAAGAGAAGACUAAUGGAUACAAGUUAGACAAGUCACAUAUAUUUGCAGUGAAUUUAUUUGAUGAGAUUGAGAAAUAUAUGAAAAUUCCAGAUGAAUGGACGCCCGCUGAAAUUAAACCAUAUGUACCUGGAGAAAAUCUGCAAAAAUGGUUGACGGAUGAGAAGGCUCGAGAUCAAUUUGUUAUUCGUGCUGGAGCCUUCACUGAGAUAUUUUGGAAUGAUCCCAGACAAAUGAUGCCAGAACUUGUAUACCGCCGGCAAUUUUGGACCGAGAAUUUUGUCCAGUGGUCUCCAAUGGGGACAUAUUUAGCCACAGUUCACAGGCAGGGUGCUGCUGUUUGGGGAGGUGCCAGCACAUUCAGCCGACUAAUGAGAUUUGCGCAUCCACAGGUCAAACUGAUAGAUUUUUCUCCCGGCGAGAAAUAUAUUGUUACUUAUAGCGGCCAUGAGCCCAGCAAUCCCCGCGACACACAUAGGGUAGUCCUGAAUUUCUUUGAUGUGAGAACUGGAAAACUGAUGCGAGAUUUCAAAGGAAGUGCAGAUGACUUUGCGUUAGGAUCCAGCAAUUUAACUGGAGUCUCCUGGCCGGUUUUCAGAUGGGGUGGUGGCAAAGAGGACAAAUUCUUUGCCAGACUGGGAAAGAAUGUAAUCUCUGUGUAUGAAACUGAGACAUUCGCCCUCAUAGAUAAGAAAUCUCUGAAGGUUGAGAAUGUGGUGGAUUUCACUUGGUCUCCCACAGAUCCUAUUAUUGCAUUCUUUGUUCCGGAGCUUGGUGGUGGUAACCAGCCUGCUAGGGUAAGCCUCAUCCAAAUCCCAAGCAAAGAAGAAAUGAGGCAGAAGAACCUCUUCAAUGUCAGCGAUAUCAAGAUGUACUGGCAGAAUAAUGGAGAAUACCUCGCUGUAAAGGUCGAUCGCCAUACCAAGACAAAGAAGAGCACAACCACUGGCUUCGAGCUGUUCCGAAUUAAGCAACGCGACAUCCCAAUUGAGGUGCUCGAACUCGAGAAUAAGAAUGACAAGAUUGUGGCUUUUGCAUGGGAACCAAAAGGCCAUAGAUUCGCUAUCAUCCACGGUGAUGGCCCGAGGCCGGACAUCAGCUUCUACUCAAUGCGGACUGCUCAAAACGUGGGCCGCGUGUCAAAGCUUGCCACCCUGAAGUCAAAGCAGGCGAACGCUCUCUAUUGGUCUCCCGCAGGUAGGUUCAUAGUCCUCGCCGGCCUUAAGGGCUUCAACGGCCAGCUAGAAUUCUACAACGUUGAUGAGCUCGAGACGAUGGCCACCGGCGAACACUUCAUGGCCACAGAGAUGGAGUGGGAUCCGACUGGAAGAUAUUUGGCAACAUCUGUUACAUCAGUUCAUGAAAUGGAGAAUGGAUUCCAUGUCUGGUCCUUCAAUGGAAAGCUAUUAUAUCGGAUUCCGAAGGAUCAAUUCUGUCAGUUCCUGUGGAGGCCGAGGCCGCCGUCUCUGCUGAGCCUUGAGAAGGAAGAAGAGAUAUCGAAGAAUCUGAAGAAGUACAGCAAGAAAUAUGAAGCAGAAGACCAGGAUGUAUCUCUGCAGCUGAGCGAGCAGGAUAGGAAGAAGAGGAAGAUGAUUCAGGAGGAAUGGGAUCAAUGGGCGGCUCAAUGGAAGAAGCUGCACGAGGAGGAGAAGCAGCUGAGGCUCCUGCUUCGAGAUGGAGAGGCGAGCGACGAGGAAGAAGAAUAUGAGGCCAAGGAGGUGGAGGUGGAGGAGGUUAUCGACGUCAACGAGGAGGUUGUUAGUUUUGAUGAGGAUCAGGACUGACAAAACAACAGCUCUCUCUAUUAGAGACUCUUAAAAGACACUCAUUACUAGUUUUCAUUUUUGCUAAUUGCAGAAGUUUUGGUUCAAACUUAGGAGUCUCAAAGAACUUUAGGGGUGAAAGAACUAUGAUUUUAUUAAAAUUUAGUGAAAAUUCUGAGCUGUUGUCAAGAAAAUAUUAAUAAGAUUCAA